CUCGGUUGUGCGGAUCGCGAGUUAAGUCCGUGCGAAGUAGUAGUUUCCCUGCAAAUCCCGUCCAGAGUGCGAUAAUCCUGACUCUCCUAAGGUUGACAGGCUACCCUAGAAUCCCAGAAUGGCGACACCGCGGGAGCAAUUCUUGUUCGGCAGCGACAACGGAGUGGCCGGCCUCGGUCUGGGCAUCGAGAUCGGCGAGGUGACCUCCAGUCGCGUCUAUAACAGCACCACAGUGCCAGUUGGCAACAGUGGCGGAUGGCGGAAUGCCCAGUCCAGUGUUACGCCACCACCCAUACCCACACCGCCGCAGGUGAACUACACCAAUGGGAAUGCGGCCAGCAAGCAGCCGCCACUGGAACCUGUCGUGGAGGAGGAGGUGCACUUCGACACCGAUGCCCUCAACAACCUGCCAGCCCGGGAGCCCGUGGACAUGGAGUUCAAGGAGCUGUCCCUCACCGUCAAAUUGGGCUUCAAUCGAGGAUCCAAGGAAAUCUUGCACAAUGUGUGCGGAAAGUUCCCCGGCAGCCAGCUGAUCGCCAUUAUGGGACCUUCGGGUGCAGGAAAGUCCACUCUGCUGGAUGCCCUGUCAGGUUUCAAGACGACCGGAGUGGAUGGCUCCAUCUUGCUCAAUGGUCGGCGACGUGAUUUGCCUUCCUUCCGUCGGAUGUCCUGCUACAUCACCCAGGAUGAUCGCCUGCAGCCGCUGCUGACGGUGAACGAGAACAUGCAUAUAGCCGCCGAUCUUAAGCUGGGUCAGACCGUCAGCUACGAGGAGAAGGAGAGCAGGAUCGAGGACAUCCUGCUGCUUCUAGGUCUGUACAAUCACGAUCAGACCCUUACGAUGCGCCUGUCCGGUGGUCAGAAGAAGAGGCUAUCCAUUGCCAUGGAGUUGAUCAAUAAUCCCACUGUGAUGUUCCUGGACGAGCCCACGACUGGCUUGGACAGUAGCUCGUGCACAAAGGUCCUGGAGCUGCUCAAGAAGUUGACCAGCCAAGGACGCACCAUUAUCUGCACCAUCCACCAGCCCACGGCCAAGCUGUUCCAGAUCUUCGAUCAGGUCUACGUCCUGUCCGCUGGCAACUGCGUCUACCAGGGCAGCACCCAGAAAUUGGUGCCGUUCCUGCACUCGGUGGAUCUGCCCUGUCCCAUGUACCACAAUCCAGCGGAUUACAUUAUCGAGCUCGCAUGCGGAGAAUAUGGAUACGAUAAAGUCGACACCCUUAAGCUCGCCACCGAGAACGGAAGCUGCCUGACUUGGUUCGAUAAUCCCAGUGCGGUGUUGCGCGCUGAGGUCUUGAUGAGAAAGUAUCCCAUACCUAAGAAAACCAAAAGCCGAUCCCUGGAGGACACCAGCUACUCAAACCAGUGCUCCGUGCUUUUGCGACGGGGUUUCAUCAAAGCCAAACGAGACACGACCAUGACGCACUUGAGGCUCGGAGUCAACAUAGCAGUGGCCGCUCUGUUCGGAGCUAUGUACGAUCACACGGGACGUGAGGGAUCACGAGUACUCGACAACUACAAUCUGCUGUUUGCCAUACUGAUGCACCAUUCCAUGACCACGAUGAUGUUGACUGUUCUGACUUUCCCCAUGGACAUCUCCAUAUUGAUCAAGGAGCACUUCAACCGCUGGUACUCGCUGAAAGCCUAUUACACUGCCAUGACACUCGUGGACCUGCCAAUAUCUAUCAUAAGUUGUUUCUUCUUCACAGUCAUCGUUUAUCUUUGGAGUUAUCAGCCGAUGGAGUGGAUCAGAUUCUUUAUGUUCUUCUCCAUUAGUUUACUGACCGUCUUUGUGGGCCAUAGUUUCGGUUUGAUGAUUGGUGCCUGGUUCGAUGUGGUCAACGGAACGUUCUUGGCCCCAGUGCUAACGAUUCCCAUGAUGAUGUUCGCCGGCUUUGGAGUGACCCUGCGCGAUCUGCCAAGCUACUUAAGGUGGGGCAGUCACAUAUCAUACUUAAGAUAUGGACUUGAGGGCUUCAUAUCAGCCAUUUAUGGCUUGGAUCGAGGUACCUUGGCCUGCGAGGAGGCGCCGUACUGCCAUUACAGGUAUCCAAAGAAAUUCUUAGAGGAAAUCACCAUGAGGGGUGAUCAGUUCUGGAACGAUGUGAUCGCGCUGGGAGUCAUGAUCCUUCUUUUCCGAUUUGUGUCCUACGUGGUGCUGAAGGCCAAGAUCAAGUCGAUUCGAUAGGAGAGUUGGGGGAGACACACCUGUAGCCCAUUCCUUGUAUUAUACAUUAAUUGUUGACCAUUAUGUUUAGUGCUAUUAAUAUUUAAAUAAUAUGUACAAGUACAUAAAACAAUGUUAAAUAAAGCUACGAUUUGUAACUAG